CUGAUAUUCAUWGGAAAUCUURUKACCUGUGUUGUAUUUCUGUCCAAGAGACACCUUCGCCAUUCCUAUAUGAAUAUCUUCCUUGUAAACCUAGCCAUCGCUGAUUUGUUGGUCUCUAUUGUUGUUUUCCCUGGUUAUACAAUAUUCUGCAGUUGUUUUCAAAUGCAAGCCAGCCUUUCAGUUUGUGAUUUUUUUGAUGGUUGCAAAGAUUAUGUAUUACUUGCUACGAUAUUUAGCAUACUGGCAAUAACAUUUGACCGCUAUGUCGCAGUUCUUCAACCUUUAAGGUACCGAAUAAGGGUCACAAGGAGAAGUGUUGUUUAUAUUCUGAUAUUAACGUGGGCUUUGCCUGUGCCGUUUUCAUCUCUYAAGCAAGUCAUUAAAGCCAUCGAUCCYGAAAUCCUCUAUAAUGAUAGACACCAUAUCUACGAUAACAUUGUUGUGUUUUCGUGCAUUAUUCUACCGAUGAUAGCAAUCGUAGUAGUUAACUUAAUGAUCACUAAAGCUAUAAGGGGACAAGUACAAAAGAUUAGUUCCUAUGGUAACACUGCUAUUCAGGAACCUCGUAWCGAUAGCAACCAAAACAGCAUUCCGARCUUAARAAGAUGUUUGCAUUGCGAGCUGGGUUCUAAUAGCAAUAGCGUUUUCCAASGCAACCAGCCUGGGAAAAGUAUUUUGACCACAGAUGGACAUCUCCAAGGCGUCUCMCAUUUCCAUGACAACGCUGGUUUCCAAGACGACCAACUUAUAMAUACUGAGCAAAACUGUAACGAUAAACCAGUUAAUGAUUUGCAUUUGAAAAUAUCGACAAGUGAAAACCAAAACAUYGAGKAUGAAYCGCGCUCAACUGAUUUAUUACGUGGCCAAAGUAAAACACGCGAUAUCAACAUUAUGUCACAUAUUACCACUAUUCAAUAUGACCAAGAAAAUAUGAAUAGACAUGACUAUCAGAUAAGCCAGUUGACCGAGAAGGAGCGAAGCUUGGACGAAGAUAACUCCUUGAGUGAGAGCAACACUUUUUCAGGCACUACUCAAGGUGAUUUUAAAAAUGACAUAAAAAGAGAUAACGAGAGGAACAGACAUAAUAAAGAUGGAAAUACAGAAAUAAAAGAGAAAAAUCCAAUUAAAACAAUUAAAAGAGAAUAUGAAUUGGAUUCAAUGCAGUCUUCUAGGAUYGUUUACAGAGCAAGCUUGACAGAGGAAAAAAUAAGCUACUUURCCACACAAUGCGAUUGUAACGAAACUAAAAAAUACUCGAUAAAAAAGCGUUUAAGAACUAUAUCUUACAGCCUCAAGAGGCAAAAUGCUGACCAAAKUCAAGCCAAAAAAUCUUCUUUGAUAACAGAUCGCUUGAGGAAAUUUUCCCGUGAUUUGCGGGAGCGGAAUGGAACACGUUCAUGUUUGGUUAUCAUCGUGAUCUUUGUUGUAUGCUGUAUUCCUCGAUGUCUGUUGAACAUUUUUAACUUAUUCGCGCCUUAUCUUAUAGAGAAUGAGAAUGAGAAUGUUCUAGAGAAAAUAUCUCUCUUGUUUCUGUUCUUCCAAUCAAUGGCAAACCCACUUGUGUAYUCCUUAUAUCGAAGGGACUUUAGACAAGCAGCUAAAGAUAUUUUCCGAAAACUUUUACGGUUAAAUUGAGCUUACGGAGAAUCAUAGAGUUAAGUAAAGAAAUCCGUGAAAUGGACAAAUACA